AUGAUCUCUCAGAUUCCUACAGAGCUCGUUGGAUCCGUCAUCGCCCACGUCGACGACCGACCGACGCUGCACUCGCUCCUGGUCGCUUCGAGAUUGAUACGCUCAGAGACAGAGCGAAUUCUGUACGAGGACGUCUCUCUCGGCAGCGCGGCGCUCAGCUGUGGUCAGAACAUCCAACCCCUCCGCAGAUUCCACGAUACCGUAACCGACAAAGGAAACCAUCGCCUCACACUUUACGUGCGCAGAUUCACAUUCUGCCUGAACUACCGUCUCGAAUGCUCCUCAGAGCCCGGACAGCUGGUCGACGCGAUCCUCAGUCGGCUGGUCAACCUGAGAGGGUUCGUAUUCCUGGGCUCGUACUCAAGUCGCGAGGUCCCGCUGCACAAGACGCUGCAUUGGAGCAGACCCCCGUUUGCAUUGAAGAGGUUCACGUGGGAUCACUCGAUCAGGGACUGGGACACAUUUCACUCUAUUCUCAGCACUCACCCAUCCAUCACCCACCUCGAGGUGCGCGGCAUCUCUGCACAACCCUUGGAAGCAACUCUCCUCCCUAAUCUGCACACGCUGUGGGCCUCGGUUGAUUUCACCGGGUGUCUGCCGCCGGACAGGAGGCUGCUCAGAUGGAAGGCUGAAGUACACGGGUCGCCUGCAGAAAUAGCGAUAUCUGAUCGCGUGAAGGAGGUCAUACGGAGCGUGCGGGUGUUCUCGAUAUACUCCCUUCGCAUCCCCGCCUUCUCGCUCCUCCAGCACAUGCCUGAUCUAGAGUACUUCGACUUUCAGAAUGGUCGAGAUGACGCAUACCUCAUCCUACACACUCUCCUUGAAGUGCGGACGCCAAAACUGAAAGGGCUCCGCAUCUCCGUCCCUUACGCCUUUGACGAUUGGCGCACGGUUGAGCACGUAUUUCUGCGUAUGCCAACGCUGCAGUUCAUCGACUUCCGCAGCCAGUAUGGGGAUUGCCAGUGGGAGCGCUGGCGUCGAGGUGCACCCCGUGCUGCUACCAUCAAGGGCAUACCUCUUAUGGCAUGCAGAUUUGAGUGGGACUGGGAAAAGUUUGCGGAAGAUUGA